UGCAGCCAGGUUUAUGAUCACUUUCUUUUGCAGAGAUAAUCUUCCCGGAAGGAGGUCUGAAGAAAGGCAAGUUACAGGUGAUAAGAAAUGAGUGUGAUGAUGCGCUGGUUGCUGCUGCUCCUUCUCCUGGUCAGCUUUGGCUCACCUGCACCCAGGUUUUCGGACAAAGAUAUCUGCCUCCUAGACAACAAUAAAUUAAGACAAAAGUUAAAACAUCUUCAAGACUUGCUUUACUUAUAUGAAUUGCAGCUGAAGGACAUACUGGAGAACACUUACCACAGAACGAAAAGUGAACUGUUCUCAGGCAACAGAAGCGUGCAGCGGGAGACGCUUUUACCCACAACCAGUGGAAAUUUGAUAGUGUAUGACCAAGAUUGCUCUGCAGUGUAUGGCCGGAAGAGCACCACAAGUGGCUACUACCGGAUCAGGCCCAGAGCAGACCAGGAGCCUUUCCUGGCAUUCUGUGACAUGUCUGAUGGUGGGGGCUGGACUGUCAUUCAGCGGCGGAGUAACGGCAAGGAGAAUUUCAACAGGAAAUGGGAUGAUUACAAACUGGGAUUUGGGAAAUUUCAGGACAAGAAUGAUGAAUACUGGCUGGGCAAUGACCACAUCCAUGACCUGCUUGCUAGAGGAGAGAACUCAUUAAAGAUUGACCUGAUGGACUGGCAUGGGGAAAGACGUUAUGCAAUCUAUGAAAAUUUCCAGCUUGCAAAUGAGCAGGAAAAUUACAGGUUAUGGUUUGGCAUCUAUUCUGGUAAUGCUGGUGACGCUCUGUCUGGUGGAAGCAACUUUGAAGAUCAGUGGUCAGCUUCUCACAGAGGGAUGCAGUUCACCACAUUUGAUAAGGAUCACGAUCAAUUCCUGGCAGGCAACUGUGCAUCAGAAAACAAGGGUGGCUGGUGGUUUAACAGGUGCCAUGCAGUAAACCUCAAUGGGCAAUACUACAAAAGAGGGAGGUACAGUGGACCCCAUGAUGAUGGCUUGGUUUGGUCUACAUGGCACGGGAUGUGGUACUCACUGAAAUAUUCAGCCAUGAAAAUCAGGGCUCCAUUCUUUAUCGACAGAGAGAGCGGAGAUGGUGAGAACAGUCAGGGCAGCUGAAACCUGCUGCUUUGGAAAGAGAAAAAGCACAGGCUGAAAAGAAUGGUGUAAGCUGAUAGCCACUGCUCUGCUGCUGCCAGUCGCUAAACCUGCAUUGAUAGCUGGAGUUGCACCUGCUUCUGCUACCUGAAGCUAGCAGCACGAGUUGUUUGAGCACAGCCAGACAACAAUUUAAUAAAAAUAUGGAUCGCAGUCAUGGGAUAAACAGAGUUUUCUUUUUCAGCAGUUUUCAAGACUUUGUUGGAGAAUUUUAUUGAAAGUUCUCUGGACUUCGAAGGAUCAAGUAUGCCCUUUAAUCAGUCUAUACUUUUCCAAGUCUAAACCUUUCUCAUCUUGAUUUUUACCAUCAGUGUUUCAAUUAUGAGAACAUCAGGAUAGAAAGAACAAGGGGAUGGGGAAUUGGACUUCAUUUGGUGUGCCUUCGUUAGUGCUUUGUUCUGCAUCAGGAGAAUAUUUUUAAGCAACUUUCCCUAUGGUUCUUGCCACACUUCAGUUGCAGAGUGCUCCUGGAGCAUGUGAAACCAAACCUGUGGAUGGACAUGCUUCAAUGGCUAAUAUGCAUCCAGACUAAUGCUGCUUCAAAGUAAACACCCACAAUAUGGACAGUGUGAGUUCCAUUCCAAUAGCUUCCUGCUGCAGAUCCACUGCUAGAGUAUACCACAAGACGUUAAAAGACAAUCCUGCCAACCAGACUUAAGCGCCAGAAUAAAAUAAUGCAGAUUUUACUAAAAUUAAGGUGAGCACAGAUAUUCCUAGGAGUUCCUAAAAUGCAGUCACGAUUCUUCUGUACAUUCUCCUGUAAUUUAUCAGAUCACUUUGCAUUAGUGAAGGGGAAUCAGAAAGUGGUUGAAUCACAAGGCACACUGUUUUCAUCAUUGUCUCACUGGGUGAAAUUAAAGAGCAACACAAUGACUGAAAGAAAUUGAAUACUGAAAAUUUAU